AUGCUUUCAGCACUGCCUCCGCCUCAAACCAGCUCCAUCUGUCAGUCAUUGGUCGCUAAAGUAAAAGAAGCGCGCACCCGCUACGUGAAUGUCGGGACAUUUCCUCAGGGAAAUCACUUUGGAUAUGACUCUUGGAUAACACCUGUAAUCUUGAUUUUUAGCUUCAUGUCUCUCGUUUGGCUGACACUACUGAUCUCAGCCCAUCUGGCUGAAUGUGUGCCAGAGAAGCCGAAGAGAUCAGCUCUCAACCAGCUGACCAGGACUCUGUUGAGGAACUACAACUGCGGUGUUCGACCUGUUCACAAUUGGACCACAUCUACUACUGUUUACAUAGACCUCAUGCUACAGUCUGUCCUUGAUGUGGAUGGAAAGACUCAGAGCAUCACUACAAGUCUUUGGUACAGACAGAUCUGGAGAGAUGAGUUCCUGGUUUGGGAUCCAGAGGAGUUUGAUGACAUCAAUGAGAUCUCGCUGUCAUCUGAUGCUAUCUGGAUACCUGAUGUUAUCGUUAGUGAAUUUGUGGACGAAGGGAAGUCCCCUCCAAUCCCCUACGUUUACGUCAACUCUUCUGGCUCAGUAAAGAACUCUCGGCCCAUACAGGCAGUGCUAGCUUGCAGCUUGGAGUUGUAUGCCUUUCCAUUUGACAAGCAGAAUUGCAGCCUCACCUUCCGAAGCUGGCUUCACUCAGUGAAAGAAAUAAACUUGGCUCUGCUGAGGAAUGAAAGCGCCACUGCCAAUAUGAAGCAGUUCAUGAAUCAUGGAGAAUGGGAACUGCUGUCCAUUCCUUCACGCUACUGGCUGAGCCGCCAAGACAACACUGACUACGCCCACAUCCGGUUUAAUGUGUUGAUUCGCCGGCGCCCCCUGCUGUAUGUGGUAGGACUCCUUAUUCCAAGCAUCUUCCUCAUGUUGGUGGAUGUGAUGAGCUUCUACCUGCCUCUGAACAGCGGCACACGUAUCACCUUUAAAAUCAGCAUACUGCUCGGCUACACCGUCUUCAGAGUCAACAUGGCAGAUGAACUGCCCGUCACUGCUGUCAGAACUCCACUCAUUGGAGUAUUCUUCGUGGUGUGCAUGGCCUUGCUGAUGCUCAGCCUGAUCAAGUCUAUACUGGUUGUGAAGCUGCUUCACUACAGUGAGAGGGAGGUCAAGGAAAUGUCAGUGUCUGCCUGCCUGCUGGACAAGUACGGCUCAGCUGGUCAUGUCUUUACUGAGAGUGCUUUAACAUCCAUCAAAACCCUCGACCACAUAAACCCGUCUGGAGACUAUGAGCUUGAAAACUCACUGGACGAGGAUCUGCUGUCCCUGAACGAAAUCCAGGAUGCUCCCUCUGGACUGGAGUGGCUCCUCAGAGAGCUGGUUUCCCUCCGUCUAGCUUUUUCCCAGGAGGACGGCGAGGCUUCAGCUCAGGGCGAAUGGCUGGCCCUGUGCUCCAAGCUCGACUGCUUCCUGUUCCGCCUUUAUCUGCUGGUUCUGGCCUUGUAUGCUGGUACUCUGCUCCUGCUCUGGGCUAGCUGGAGCUUUGCUUGAGUUGACUGCACAUUUAGACACUUACAACACUUCUUGCUUAUGUUCAUUAUAAUUACAAAGAUAUAAAUACUGUGCUGCUGUUGUGUAUAGAAUAAACCUGAUUUAACUAAAAAUACAGGCCACUUCAAGAAGUGCUCAUAUACAAUAGAAACAUAGAUUACAAUGCAGUUUAUUUGCAUAUAAUUAUAGUUGACCAGUGCUUUUAAAUGAUUAUGUGUUGCAAGUUUUGGCUGUUUUAGUUUUAAUCAAACUUUUGGACUUUAGGGGUCUAAGAACAGGAUGCGGUCAAACCAACCAUUAUAUAAAUUAUUAACAACUAAAACUGACAUUGAGAAAUGUUUACUAUUGACAGUGAGUGAUAUUUUUUAAAUAGCCAGUGCAGAUAUUUGCCAGAACUGCAGAAAUACAGUUGAAGUCGUCUGAAGCAAUAGCUGUUCCUUACAUAUGCUGCUUGCAUAACCUGCACUACUCUAGCCACCGUAGCACUGUAUUAUCAUUUUGACAAAGACAUUAUUAUAUCAGCUCUGUUAUUAUGUUUCCCGGCAGUGAAGAUUUACUCAGAGAUACUGUACAAUAAAGUAGCUCUCAGGAGAAAAUUCUCACUGCCAGUGUGAUGUUAUGAUAUUGUAUUCAUACUUUAAUCUCCAUCCUACUGCCACAAAAUGGAUCAGUGAAAACCUUUCAGAGCUCAGCUGCUGUGUCUCUAUUCCCUGGCGGUUUCCUAAUAGCCCUAAUAAGAAUAUCAAACGUGCACAGAAAACUUGCCAGUGGAACGAUCAAUAUUAAUGCAGUUGUGACGGUAUCAGCAAACCUCUUUUUCCAGUAUAUCUGGUUACAUGAUGUUACGAAACACAUCUGAAAAUAAAUCUUUCAUCAUUGCUUUGUUAUUGUCUCUAUGAGGCUUCCAGUGGAUUUCUGCACUCACUUUGUUUUGGAUAUAAAUGUAAUCUCUCGAUGUUUUUG